UGAAACGUCAGGCAUUUAAAAAUGGCUCUAUUCUAAUAAUCCAGCUGUCAUCUAUAUUGUUGUUUUUUUUUUCUAAAAAGAAGGAUUAUUUACAUUAUUUUAAAUAACACGGUUGAUUUAAAGUUAAAGAAAAUAGAAAGUGAAUAUUGCCAAAUGGUGGUUAUAAAUUUAUAAAUGCGAGCAGCGGUCAGUGUUCUUUUGUCGAGUCCAGUGCCCGACAACAAAAUGUCAUAUCCCGACUAUGAGCAAACAGCUCACGAUCAUGCUGCAUUAUUAAUUCUAUUAAAACCAAUUGGUACACAAAUUAAGCAAAAAACAAUUGGUAAAUUAUGCGAGCGUUUGGUUAAAUCGGGAAGUAGAGUUUCAAUUAUCGAUGCAAAUAAAGGAAAUAGAGAAAUUUUAAUUCGUUUUGUCAAGGAUCAUCCUGUGGAGAAUAAUGAUUGGGGUGAUUUUCAAACACAUCGACGACUUCUUGGUUUAAUUACAUUUGGAAAAUAUGAAAAUCAAAUAGAGCUCAAUGAACUAUGUCGAUUGCAUGAGACAUUAAAAAUUAAAUAUCUUGCCACAUUGUAUGAUUCAAGAGCUGUUUUUUUGGGACCAAUUGCUUCAAAUAAUGUUAAUGAACCACCACCUGACUAUACAACACCUUCGAAUUUUAAAACAGUUGCCAAUUAUUAUAUAGACGAUACAUGUCCUGAUUUAGAAAUUCAAAUGUCCGAAUUGUUUAAAAGUUUAUUUUAUAUAUUAGAAUCAAAGAGACAAUCACUUACGCGAGAAAAAAUAGAUCGUGUGUCAUUGUUACUUGCACCAUUUGAGAAAAAAGAUUUUAUUGGUUUAGAUUUAGAUUCAAAACAAAAUAAAAAAAGAAUCGGUGGUCGAAUGACAAAACAUUUGGGUGAUUUUUGCCUUCAAGCCGGUUUAUUGGCCGAUGCAUUAAGUCAUUAUAAUUCGGCUACAAAUACAUUAGGUGGUGUUAAUGAUUGGUUAUGGCUUGGCGCUGCUUAUGAGGGUUUGUGUGCUGCUUCUGCACUUAUUUUAUAUCCAAAUAUGUGUCGAAAUUUGCCACUACAAAGAAAUUCAUCAUUACAAGAAGGAAGUCCAGGAAAACAGAGACGAGGAUCACAGGCAUUAAAUGUAUUACCACCGCCUCCAAGUAUUGAGAUUUUAAAAACUAAUAUGCCAAAUAUUUUAUCACCAGAGGAUAUUUCGAAAAAAUAUCGUGAAUCUAUUGUGCAUUAUAGUAAAUAUCAAAAUGCAGGAAUAAUUGAAACUGAAGCAAGCUUUAAAGCAACUCGAAUAGCAAUUGAACAAAAUUGUUCUCUUAAAGCGGCGUCAUUUUUAAAUAAUGUUGUUUUUAUUAAUUUGACAAUGAGCGAACAAGAAAAGAUUGAACGAUUUACAACAUUGGCUGAUCUUUUUACAUCGUUUGGAUUUACAAGGAAGGCUUCAUUUUGCACAAGAUUAGCAGCAACUCGAUAUGUUUCUCAACAUAAUCGAAAUCCAGAUUGGCAACAAUGUUAUAAACUUAUGCUACAAGCAACAACUGGUUUUAAAUUAUCUCUCGAUCCACUUGAAAUGCCUUGUGGUGCACAAAGAGGAUGGCCUGCAAUACAAAUUCAAGUAAUAAAUGAAUUGGUAGCCGCUGCAAAUCGUAUGGGAAAUCCAGCAUUAUCAACAAGACAUUUGACAUUUUUACUACAAACUAUGUAUAAUCAUUUAAGUCCAACAAUGAGAAAAGAAACGGCACUACAAUUACAAGCGGUGUCACAACAAUGUGAAGGUGCACCCGUACCACUUGUUCUUGAUUCAGGAACAGUUAUUCCACCCGCUAAUUUAACGAAUAUACCAAAAACAAAAUCGUUUACAUUGAAAAAUUUACAACCACAUCUUCAACCACAAAAAAUUGAACGUGUCAAAGAAGAUCACGGUCCAUUUUUAUUUACACCAAUUAAUUUUGGUUCAUUAGAAAGAAAAAGUACAUCGAAAAGUAAAAUUGAUUAUCUUUGGGUGGAAGGUGAUAUUUGUGAGGCAACAAUGCAACUUAUAAAUCCCCUACCAUUUGAACUUCAUGUUUCAAAUAUGAGACUUUUGACAAGUGGUGUUGUUUUUGAAUCAAUACCUGAAAGUAUAACAUUACCAGCUGAAUCGGGACCAAUUGCGGUUAUUUUAGCUGGAAAACCAAAAGAAGUUGGCGAUUUGGAAAUUAUUGGUUUUAGUACACAUACAUUGGGUGUAAAAUCAAAUUGUAAAUUACGUUAUAUGGAAGGAAUACCACAUCCACAAUAUUCCAUUGAAGUUGUACCAGCAUUGCCGAGAAUUGAUCUUUCAACGAGUUUACCACAAACGGCAAGUUUUAGCUCGGGGGAAAAUAUUGUGACUAGCGCGAGUAUUUCCCUUUAUGGUGGUGAAAGUUCCGAUUGUACAAUUACAAUAACAAAUGUUGGUCAAGUUCCAAUUGAAAUGUUUGAAAUUACGGUUCAAUCGUCUUUGGAUGCAUCGACAGAAUCGAAAGUUUUCAAUUGGAAUGACGAAGAAUUAAAAAAACAAUUACCAUUAGAACCAGGAGCAAGUACAAGUUUGACUUUAAAUUUAUAUGCUGUUAUGGAAUUUGUUGUGCCAUCAUCAGCUCACGAUAUUAACAGUAACGCCUACAUUUCUCAAUCAAAUAGUUUAUUAACACAAUCGGGAUCGAGUUCAUUGCCAUCAAGAUUGAGUUCAUAUUCGCAACACACUAAAAGACAAUCAGAAUUGACAUCAUCAUUUCGUUCAGGAUUAAGUAGUAAUUCGGGAAAUUCAUCGGUUAUUAGUACACGAUUAUCGAAACUUGCAGUUCCAUUAAAUUCUUUAAAUGCAAUUGAAGGACAAUUAAAAAUAAAAUAUUCAGGUGCUGAUGGCUUAAUUGCUGGCUAUUGUCGUGUGUCUUCUGUAUUUAUUACUAUUGAAAUUUUACCUAGUAUUCAAAUUACAAAUUGGGACGUUCUUCCAGCUGAAACAGCAUCACAAUUUUAUCUUGUUUUGGAUGUUAUUAACAAUACAAAUCAUGAAAUGGAAUUACAUUAUACAGAAAGUAAAUGUAUCUAUAUGGAAGGAAGAGAAUCGUGUCGAAUUCCUGUUCCUGUGAAUCGAUGUCCACUACGUAAAUUGUCGACGAUUAAAGAAGAUAUAGACAAUGGGGAAUUGAAAAAAAUUUGUGCCGAACAUAUUGCUUCGCUUGUUGAUUUACGAUGGCAUUUAUUGGGAACUGAUUUAACGGGAAAGGCUAAUUUAUCAGGAAUCACUUUAACGCAAGAUAUGUUAGAUUUAGUUCGAAUGAGUCCAUUACAAUGGGAAGUGAAAAUAAAUGAUAAUAUCGUAAAGGCACAGGAUGAAUUAAAUUAUGUUCUGGGAGAAUGUAUCAGUAUUGGUGUAGGUGUAUGUAAUGCGUUGGAAAAUCCAUUACGAGAUCUUACAUUAUCGAUAAAUUUUUAUCAGGAUCAUCACAAUGGAGUUAAUAAUUAUCGAUUAGACACAAGACUGUCUAUCGCUGGUUCCAAUAAAGUUUUACUUCCCUUGCUAAAAAAAUCGGGACGAGCAUUCCAUGAAUGUCGAGUUGUAUUUUUAACUUCCGGUCAAUAUAAAAUAGAUAUUCAAUGCAGUAGUCGUGAACAAAUUGCAAAUUCACCUUCAUUAUGUACAGAAAUGACAAAUGAAAAUCACACAUGGCGAUAUAUACCACCGGUGGAAAUUAGUGUUGCCGAUUGUUAAUAUUUUUUGUACAUUAUGUAUAUAUAUAUAUAUAUAUAUAUAAACAAUAUUUUUGAUCUAUUAAUUCCAGAUUAAUAGACAAAUUUAUUUACAUUGUAAUAUAUAUUUUGAAUUCAUUAA